AUGAUAAUACUCAGUUGGGAUGUUACCUGGCUGAGUAUCGUAAUCCUCGCCUCGCUAGGCGAGGCGCUCGAAGUGUACACCAAUCACUUCCAUGUACACACCAAGGAACCCGGUCUAGAGAACGCGCACAAAAUCGCCAAGAGACACGGUUUCAUUAACAGAGGAUCGGUUCUCGGCUCUGAGCACGAAUUCCAUUUCGUGCAACCGGCACUUUCACAUGCCAGGACAAAACGAUCAAUUGGCCAUCACGCAAAACUACACAACGACGAUGACGUGGCUCACGUCGAACAGCUCACCGGAUACAAACGCAUCAAGCGGGGAUACAGACCGCUGGCCGAACGUCUGCAGAGUCAGUUCGACUUUUCUUCUGUACAAUCCCCCACCGAUCCUCUCUACAAUUAUCAGUGGUACCUGAAAAACACCGGCCAAGCUGGUGGUAAGGCACGACUCGAUCUGAAUGUGGAGAAGGCGUGGGCAUUGGGCUUUACUGGUAAAAACAUCACAACGGCUAUUAUGGACGAUGGUGUUGACUACAUGCAUCCAGACAUCAAGAACAACUUUAAUGCCGAGGCCAGCUACGACUUCUCGUCCAACGAUCCGUUCCCAUAUCCAAGAUACACCGACGACUGGUUCAAUUCACAUGGCACAAGAUGUGCCGGCGAAAUCGCAGCCGCUCGUGACAACGGGGUUUGCGGUGUGGGAGUGGCGUACGACAGCAAGGUGGCCGGAAUUCGAAUGCUCGAUCAGCCGUACAUGACCGAUCUGAUUGAGGCCAACUCAAUGGGUCAUGAGCCGAACAAGAUCCACAUCUAUUCGGCUAGUUGGGGACCAACGGACGACGGAAAAACGGUUGACGGACCUCGAAAUGCUACAAUGAGAGCUAUCGUGAAGGGUGUCAACGAGGGUCGUGACGGACUCGGCUCAAUAUUCGUAUGGGCGUCUGGAGACGGUGGUGAAGACGACGACUGCAACUGCGACGGCUAUGCGGCGUCAAUGUGGACCAUUUCCAUUAACAGCGCCAUCAACAACGGGGAAAAUGCUCACUACGACGAGUCAUGCUCGUCGACACUUGCAUCCACAUUCUCGAACGGAGGACGAAAUCCCGAAACGGGUGUUGCCACCACUGACCUGUACGGCCGAUGCACACGAUCGCAUUCGGGCACGUCUGCCGCUGCUCCGGAAGCCGCCGGCGCGAUCUCCAACACUCUAACAGUGCUCACAUCCACACGAAAUUCGCUAUUCGAUGGGCGAUGCAGAGAUCUACCCGACCUGGGACUCACGACAAACGACAAUCAUAAGAAGAACGCUGAUGACAACUGCACGCACUUCGAAUGGCAAAUGAAUGGAGUCGGACUGGAAUACAAUCACUUGUUCGGCUUCGGUGUUCUCGACGCAGCUGAAAUGGUGAUGCUUGCAAUGGUAUGGAAAACGGCUCCACCACGUUACCACUGCACUGCGGGCACCAUCGACACACCACAUGAAAUCCCGGAGGACGGCAAUUUGAUUCUGGAACUGGACACGGACGCCUGUUUGGGUACAGCCACCGAAGUCAGAUAUCUGGAACAUGUACAGGCCGUGGUCUCGUUCAAUUCGACUCGGCGAGGUGACACCACCCUCUAUCUCGUUUCGCCGAUGGGAACACGAACGAUGAUUCUUUCUCGACGCCCGAAGGAUGACGACUCCAAAGACGGUUUCACCAACUGGCCUUUCAUGACCACGCACACAUGGGGCGAGAAUCCUAUCGGAAAAUGGAGACUUAUCGCCAGAUUCCAAGGUCCCGGAAAACAUCGUGGUACACUGAAGAAAUUCUCCCUGAUGUUGCACGGCACCAAGGAGCCUCCAUAUGCCGGAAUCGAGCCUUCUGCUUGGUCAUGUGAACUCGAAACUGCAAGUGGUGCAGACCGCCCACAAGAGAAUCUCACCAUG